UAAACUCAAGUUAUUCUUAAUAAAGUACGACGUUAUAAAAAAAAAAAAGAAACCAAUGUCCUCACAGGUAGCACAGAAGAUGAAAGACGAGGAAGGUUUUUACUAUCCCCACAAUAUUGACUUCAGAGGACGUGCAUAUCCAAUGCCCCCACAUUUAAACCAUCUCGGUUCUGAUCUGUGUCGGGGUGUUUUGGAGUUUGCUGAGGGAAGGCCUCUGAGAAGUCCAGGCUUACGCUGGCUGAAGAUACAAUUAGCAAACUUGUAUGCUGGUGGUGUAGAUAAGUUAUCAUACGAGGGACGGCUAGCUUUCACCGAAAAUCACUUGGAGGACAUAUUUGAUUCGGCAGACAGACCACUUGAAGGAAGCAGAUGGUGGCUGCAAGCUGAGGACCCGUUCCAGUGCUUGGCUGUGUGCAUAAAUCUCACCGAAGCUCUCAGAAGUCCAUCCCCGGAGACAGUUCUCUCUCACAUUCCUAUACAUCAGGAUGGUUCCUGCAAUGGUUUUCAGCAUUAUGCGGCGCUUGGUAGAGACACAGUAACAUCAACUGCUAUAGAUGAAAUGUUUGAAGCUGCACGCGCCAUCAUGCGUUGGUUUGGUGAAUGUGCAAAGGUAAAGACAUCCCUCCAAACCUUAUCGCUUCAGCGUGAAACUGAUAAGGUCGUUGUAAGGAGACAAAGGACAGCUUUUCCUCCAAAUUUUAUUCACUCUCUGGACGGGUGUCAUAUGAUGAUGACUGCAGUUACCUGCAAAAGAGCAGGCUUGUGUUUUGCAGGAGUUCAUGACUCGUUUUGGACACAUGCGUGCGACGUUGAUAAAUUGAACAAGAUAUUACGGGAAAAGUUUGUUGAGCUAUAUGCACAGCCGAUACUAGAGAAUUUGCUGGAAAGUUUUGAGAAAUCAUUUCCUCAUUUAGACUUUCCUCCUCUGCCUGAACGAGGAGAUUUGGAUUUAAAAGUGGUGUUAGAUUCACCGUAUUUCUUGUUGGAACUGUUUUUUGGACAAAUGGCUAUGGCCAAUAUUCCGGUAAAUUUUUCGAGCAAUUUGAUUGUCGAAAUGACCGGAUUGUGGAAUCGUAGGAUUCAUUGUUAUGAGCACUAUGGUAUAGUGUAAUCAUAUAUCAAAAACGAAGUUCGUUUGAAUGAGAAAUGAAAGUCUAAAAUAGAUUAUUUGUAAAAUAUCUAUAUUAGAAUUGUGAGGUAAGAAACCUCUUGUGUUUAAAAUGGAGAAGUUAUAACAAAGUUAUAAAAAAAACUUUAUAGACACUUUGGUGUAUUAUAAAAAGAGAUAUUUGGGCUGGAUCAAGUUUUGGAAUUAAUCAAAUAAGAUUAAUCUUGUUAGCCCAAAUUCAUUUGCUAAUUAUUUAAAUAAAUAAUACAAGCAUAUUAUCUCUUGGUGUAGAGAAUGAUUCUCACGUUUUUGACCAAGGCUCUUCAUUACUACUUGACUAAAUCUUUGACCAAUGUCAAGUUGAUUUUGUGAAUUUAUUUUCGUAACAUAUGAAAAUCAAUCACCUCUUAAUAGUCAUUAUGAAGGAAUCAAAAACCACCAUCUCCAUUUAGUGCUCGCAGUAGCACACGUUAGACUUUAUAUUCUAUAUAAAGGUCAUGCUCUUCUCAUUCUCAAAACACACAUCCAAUACAAACAAAACCACUUUCUCCUAUUUCUUUUUGUUUUGUGUCUGAGAGUAUAACAUAGAAAUAAGUUCGACAGGCUUUGGUUCUCAAGUGCUGUGAGACUGAAGAUAUAGGCAGUUGUAUCCUGGGAUUCUUAAACGUAUCAAACCGGCACACUACGGGCGUUUAAAGGAUUAAGGAAAGAGAUCUAAUCUCGACUCUGCUUCAACCUAGUUCUUUUUCAACUUUGGUAUUAUAUUAUUAUAUUUUUUAUUCAUGUUAUUUGUAAAUUUUUUGCUUUACAUAUCAAAUUUGCCUAUCUAGUAAAUUUGGUGCCUACAGUCUUAGAAAAUCGACUUUUUUUUGUGACAACCCGCCCCGUGGGAACUACCUGUCCCGUGGGCCCCAGGCUCACAGCCCUGCAGCGCACCGACCCCAACCCCUCUAUUAUGAGUUCUCACUAACUCCAUAAUUAGGUUGUUGGUGGGCCUCGAACCUAGGACCUCACCCUUUAACAGCAUUCCCACAGGACAAGCUGUCACCAAUUGAUCAGGAAAAGAGAUAACUCUUAAGAAUGUGAAGCAUGUACCAGAUAUGCGGAAGAAUCUGAUUUCCGGUUCACUUUUGAGCAAAGCUGGAUUUGCUAUAACCUUUGAUUCUGAUAAGGUUGUACUCAAGAAACAUGGGGUUUACUUGGGAAAGGGGUUUGUUCAAGGUGGACUUGUCAAAAUGUGUGUUAAGACAGUCCUACCUUAAAAUAUGUAAGGGAUGUUUUUCAUUUGUUUUUCCAUUUCAAUUCAAUAAAGAAUAAUGCAGUUUUUUCUUAUUUGAUUGAAUUUUUUCUACAAUUGUUUGUUCAUGGAAAAACAUUGUGUAUGAAAAAAAAAAA